UAAGCCUUUUUUUUGGGGGGUGACCCGUACCUGAUUUGCAUUUUUGUUGGAUAUACAGACAGCAAUGGGAGCCCAGUUCUCUAAGACCGGAGCCAAAGGAGAAGCCGCCACCGCCGAGAAGCCCGGGGAAGCUGUAGCUGCGUCGCCUUCCAAGACCAAUGGACAGGAAAAUGGGCAUGUGAAGGCUAAUGGAGAUGCAUCUCCUGCAGCAGCUGAGGCAGAAAAGGAGGAAGUCCAGGCUAAUGGAAGUGCCCCUGCUGAGGAGACGGCAAAAGAGGAGGCAGCAGCGGCCGCCGAGCCUGCUCCGGAGAAAGAAUCCGCCGCCUCUGCUGAAGGGGAAAGCGCGGAACCAUCCUCCCCAGCCGAAGGAGAGGCAUCCCCCAAAAUAGAAGAAGCCGGUUCCACUUCUACACCUUCUACCAGCAACGAGACCCCCAAGAAGAAAAAGAAGCGAUUCUCCUUUAAAAAAUCCUUCAAGCUGAGUGGCUUCUCUUUCAAAAAGAACAAAAAGGAAAACAAUGAAGAGGCCGAGGCGGCAGCUGCAUCCAGUGAGGGAGCAAAGGAGGAUGCUCCUGCCGCUGCUCCAGAAGCAGCCAAUGAAGAGGCUAAGCCGGCCCAGGAAGAAGCUCCUGCUGCCAGCAGCACAGAGGAAAAGAAAGAGGAGGCCCCUGUGGCAGCAGCCUCACCUGAGCCCCAGGAGACCAAAACAGAGGAGCCUGCACCAGAAAAGCCCACAGAAGAGGUAAAGCCAGUCGAGGAGCCAAAGUCUGAGGAAAAACCUGCAGAAGAGGCCCCCGCUGCUGCUCCAGAAGCCCCAUCCAGUGAACCAGAGGCACCCAAAGCUGAAGAACCAGCAGCUCCUACACAGGAAGCUACAUCUGAAUCCAGUCCAGCAGCUGAGUCAGCUGAGUAAAGAGAUGGCAAUUUUGAGAUAAUCAAAGGACUUUUUUCUCCCCUUGUUUGUUUGUUGGAGUGGUGCCAGGUACUGGUUUUGGAGAACUUGUCUACAACCAGGGAUUGAUUUAAAGAUUAUUUUUUUUUUUUCCUUUUUUUUGUCCAUUUUUUUUGUUUCUCUCCUCCUUACAGAUCCCAUCUCAAAUCAUUCUGUUACCACCAUUCCAACAGGCCGUGUUGAGUUUACAGCAGUCGCCGGCCUCAAUCCUUUUUUGCAUCAGUAUUAAUGUCUUUGCGUACUUUGCAUCUUUUAUUGAAAAUGUAUACUUUUUUUUUCUUUUCUUUUUUUUGUCAAUAUAUGGACAUGCCCAUAAUGAAGGAGAUGGGUGGGUCAAUAAAGGGGAUAUCAAAAAUGAAGUGAUAGGAGCCACAUUGGGUUUAGGUGGUGCACACGUUGCCAAGAGAAUGUGCCACAUGGAAUGGGGUCAGAUUUGUUUUUUGGUUUUUUUUUUCUUUUAAAAAAAAGAAAGUAAUGAUUAUUUUGUGAGGGCAGCCUUCUACAAGGUUUACAACACUAAAGGUCUUGACUAAGAUGGCAAGCAAAAAUUUAAAAAUAAAA